AUGGCACCAAACGCGGUUGAAAUAAGAGAUGCGUGUAAGGAAUUCGGACGUUCGUCAAAAACGAACGUAAUUUUAAAAAAUUUAAACAUGACAGUGCCACAGGGUGUUAUAUAUGGUUUGCUCGGUGCGAGCGGAUGUGGUAAAACAACACUUUUAUCCUGUGUCGUUGGAAGAAGAAAACUUAAUUCUGGAGAAAUUAAAGUUUUAGGUGAAUAUCCGGGUACUCGUGAAUGUGGAGUACCUGGACACCGCGUCGGUUUCAUGCCUCAGGAUAUAGCUUUGAUAGGGGAAUUGACAAUAAAAGACUGUGCAAAUUAUUUUGGAUGGAUUCACGGUAUGACGGAUAAACAAAUAGAGGCCAAAUAUGCAUUUUUAGAAGAACUAUUGGAUUUACCACCAAGAAACAUUUACGUUAAAAAUUUAAGUGGUGGACAACAAAGAAGAGCUUCUUUGGCCGUCGCCAUGAUACACGAUCCAGAAUUAUUAAUUUUGGAUGAACCCACCGUAGGAUUGGAUCCAGUUUUAAGGCAAACAAUAUGGGAUUAUUUGUUAAAACUUGUUACGGAAGAAAAUCGAACAAUCAUAAUAACGACACAUUAUAUAGAAGAAGCGAGACAAGCUCACAUGAUUGGCCUAAUGCGAAAUGGUAAACUUUUAGACGAAGGUUCUCCAGGUUUUUUACUCGCCAAAUACAGAUGUUCGACAAUAGAGCAAGUGUUCCUUUUAUUAAGCUCAAAACAAGACAUGGGAAAUUCUCUCACCAUGGAUGGAAAUACAAUCGGAAAUCGGGAUUACGAGUACAAUAAUGACGUCACAAGAAGUGAAGAUGUGGAAAUCGAAUCGAAACCGGAAAAACAAAAAAAGUCUUUCAAACAAAAUUAUGCAUAUGAAAAUAAAUCUACGAGAUUUGGUAGAGCUAAAGCUCUUCUUGUUAAAAAUAUUCUUAGGGUUAUCAGGCAUCCAGGGGGAUUAGGAUUUACGUUUAUACUUCCGGUUUUAGAAAUAAUAACUUUUUUUAUGACGAUCGGAGGUAAUCCUAAAAAUUUAAGGUUCGGUAUCGUUAACGAAGAAAUGGGUAAUUUUUCAACUUGUGAAAGUUAUUCGGCGAAUUUACCAACGGGAGUCAUAUACACGGAUACCGAUUGCGAAUUUACAGGAUUGAGUUGUCAUUUUUUAAUUAAUUUCUACGACAGCCUGGAAGUUAAGAACGAUUACGUGUACUUCAAUGACUUGGACACGGCGAAACAAGCGGUGAAAGAAGGACGUCUGGUGGGGGUCUUGUAUUUUGCGAGUAACUUUACGGAAUCAUUUACGGCAAGAUUAGAUUUAGGACAAGAUGCCGACGAUCCCAUAUUAGACAGUCACGAAAUAAAAAUAUGGCUGGAUAUGACAAACGGUCAAACGGCUUAUUUAAUACAACAGCAAAUGUACGAAUCGUAUUUCAAUUUUUCAAAGGAAAUUUUGAAAGACUGCGGUAUGAAUCCUAAAGUGGCAACCAUACCGGUUACCUUUCACGCUCCGAUUUACGGUAGUUUUUCUUCCAAUUAUGGUACCUUCAUUGCUCCCGGAGUCAUUGUUACGCUUAUUUUCUUUUUGGCCGUCACGGUGACGUCGAUUGUCAUAAUAACGGAAAGAGAUGAAGGAGUUUGGGAUCGAACUCUCGUUUCCGGUGUAACGACAACGGAAAUAUUAAUAUCUCACCUUUUGACCCAGGGUUUGGUUAUGAUACUCCAAACUCUCGAAGUCAUGCUAACCAGUUUCGGUUUGUUCGGACUUCAGUGCAAUGGAAGUUUUCUAACCGUUUUACUUCUUUUGCUCAUUCAAGGACUCUGUGGAAUGUGCACGGGUUUUUCCAUUUCCGUUUAUUGCGACACCGUCAUGUCGUCAAAUUACGUAUCAAUGGGAAGUUUCGUACCCAUAAUCGUUUUAAGCGGUUCCAUUUGGCCUCUCGAAGGUAUGCCGGAAAAACUACGAUGGAUAUCACUUUGCCUUCCAACAACUUUAGCCACACAAGCAAUGAGAAACGUUUUGGAAAGGGGUUGGAAUUUUGAAAAUUAUCAGGUUGCCGUCGGUUAUGGGGUGUCCGUACUUUGGGUUGGAAUCCUAAUAAGUUUUAGCGCUCUUUUGUUAAGGUUUAAAAGCGGAUGA